GAGGAGGGUCGGAGAGCUCUUCUUCCCCGGCCCCUUUCCGCUCUUUCUUUCCAUGAAUGGAGCUGCUCGCCUGAUGGUGGAGACGGCCCGCGGGCGGCACGUUUGCAUUUUGCAGAGACUGAGCCGCUCCUCCAGCCGCCGCCGCCGCCGCCGCCAGCAGCAGCUCUGCCUCUCUCCGCCGUUGCCGCCUCGGAGCCCAGCUGCCUCCCGCCGCCGCCGCCGCCGCCGCCGCGAAACUUUCUCCGGGCUCGGGCAGAGGGAGCGAGCCGGCCUGUCGGAGCUGCCGAAGCCGCAGCAGGAGGAGGCAGAAGCGGCGUCCCUCCCUCCCGCACGAGAAGCCCUGGACCGAAGGGCUGCGGCGCUGGGGAGCUCUCCGUGGUGCUGAAAUGCAUUUGCCCAGUCCGGCCCUGCGGGAAGGGGAGCCUGGCUCCUUCUCAGCCCUCUGAUCUGUUGCUGCUGGCCAGAAGGCUCUCCUCUUCCUCGAUGCUGGAUCGGGACCAUUGGGGCUGACAGAGCCAUUCCCAUGUGGAUGCAGUAUGGACCGCCGUUGGAGGAUGGAUCAAUUGCUUCUUUACAUCAAUGCAGCCCUCCUGGUUUAUUUCAACUGUGCCAGCUUGAGUCUAGUGGAUGCAGACAGCCCCUCUGCUCCAGUCAAUGUCACGGUCAAGCUUCUAAAAGCCAACUCAGCUAUGGUGACCUGGGAUGUUCUGGAAGAGGAAGUGGUCAUUGGAUUUGCCAUCUCCCAGCAGAAGAAGGACGUGCGCAUGUUGCGCUUCAUCCAGGAGGUGAAUACUACAACCCGCUCAUGUUCCCUCUGGGACCUGGAAGAGGACACCGAAUACAUCGUGCACGUGCAGUCUAUCAGCAUCCAAGGCCAGAGUCCGGCCAGCGAACCCGUCCACUUCAAGACCCCUCGGGAAGCUGAGAAACUGGCUUCCAAAAACAAAGAUGAAGUUACCAUGAAGGAGAUGGGAGAGAAAAAUCAGCAGCUACGAGCCGGGGAGAUUCUCAUCAUCGUUGUGGUCUUGUUCAUGUGGGCAGGGGUGAUUGCCCUGUUUUGCAGGCAGUAUGACAUCAUCAAAGACAACGAGCCAAAUAACAACAAGGAGAAAGCCAAAAACACGUCUGAAAACAGCACCCCCGAACACCAGAGUGGGGGGCUCCUGCGCAGCAAGUUUCCAAAAAACAAGCCCUCAGUGAACAUCAUUGAAGCAUGACAGACUGAUAGAUGGACUCUGAUUUUCUCCCUCCCUCCAAGAUUUGGCAACUGAAGAAGUGAAUAUUGUCAGAAUACUGUUGGAAAGAGACCUGCUCAGAUGCUAACUGUGGGUGGCAUCCUCUCCAUCAUGGUCCUGCCAGAAAAAGCCAACCCAACCUAACGUGGAGAAACUCUGCAUGGACCAAUAGGCAUAGAUUGUAAAUGGAGAAAGGAAUGUUUCCAUGAAAGAGGCCCACCUAGCAAUUUGGAGAAGUUCCCCCCCAGGGUGUGCUGCCCACCAACCAAUGUUCACCUGUUGGCAUGGCUAGUAGGGGUGUAGUCCUUCACUGUGACCUUCUCUGUCUUGUUCUCCCUCCACAUUUGUCUCCUGGGAAAUGUUCCGUCUCAUUGCUGAUUUGCUUGCCACAUACCACGGCUCCACGUCAAGCAGGAGGUGCCGCGGUGGACCCUCAACAAGGACACUGCUUGCCCCCACCUUCAUGGCAAUACUGGAGAAGGUCCUUCUUUUGACCACAGACCACACCAGGGACUUGGGCUGUAAAUUCCACUCAAAAGUCAUGCCGUUUGUGUUUUUAACAUAAACAACUAUUUGCAGGCACUCGGUUUUAUUUCUUUAAAACAAACAAAAA